AUGAAUGGCACCGACAUGAAGAAGGCGGCCAUCAACAAGGCGAAGCAGGUCGCGCAGGCGGCGAACAGCAACGGCGGAAAGAAGCGACGGAAGGGCCAGGACCUGAAGCCGAUAAUCACCACCGAGGGCCAGGGCAACCAGAACGCUUCGCCCGCUGGUUCGACGGGGUCCUUUCAGUACAAUGUGCAGAACGCCAACUCGCCGCUCGCCCAGCACAAGAUGUACGGAAACCAAUUAAGCCACUCGCCCGACUCGUCGUCGUCGUCGGUCGAUGAAGCCGAAAACACAGCCGACGAGGAGGACUCUGAGGACUACUGCAAGGGCGGCUACCACCCGGUCCAGGUGGGUGAGGAGUACAAGGACGGCAAGUACACAAUUGUGCGCAAGCUUGGGUGGGGUCAUUUCUCGACCGUCUGGCUGUCGAGGGAUAACACCAACGGCAAGCACGUCGCCCUCAAAGUCGUGCGCUCCGCUGCGCAUUACACAGAGACCGCGCUCGACGAGAUCAAGCUCCUCAAGAAGGUAGUCGACGCGAACGAGAAACACCCCGGCCGGAAACAUGUCGUCAGCCUACUCGAUUCCUUCAACCACAAGGGCCCCAAUGGUGUUCACGUCUGCAUGGUUUUUGAAGUGCUAGGAGAGAAUUUGUUGGGCCUGAUCAAGAGGUGGAACCACCGGGGUAUACCCAUGCCUCUGGUCAAGCAGAUCACAAAGCAAGUCUUGCUCGGCCUCGACUACCUCCACCGCGAGUGCGGCAUCAUCCACACCGAUUUGAAGCCCGAGAAUGUUCUCAUCGAGAUUGGCGACGUCGAACAAAUCGUAAAGACAUACGUAAAGGAUGAACCAAAGAAGAAGGACAGUGAAGACAGCGUGAGGAACGGCAGGCGGAGACGGAGGACCCUCAUCACGGGAAGUCAGCCGCUCCCUAGUCCGCUCAACGCGAGCUUCAACCACGCCGACAUCUCUAGCUUCCCAGGCAUGGGAGGUCCACAAAGCCUCAACAAGGUCAUGAGCGAGGGUACAGGUAAAGACUCCCCCACGACUAUUCCGAGUCCUCCUUCUUCAUCAGACGGUGUCGUAAUGAGUGGUGCUCUAGCAACUCCAUCCGCUACUCCCAGCCUAUCCAUGGCAGAACGGCUCGGUAUCAAGUCGUCUACCGAAGACGACGCGCAGAAGCAACGGGAAAAGUCCGCCGAUCUUCUUACCAAGGAGGUAUCAGGCAUCAGCCUCGACAAACCCAGCAGCUCGUCCGGCAAGACAGAGCUCGAGCAGCAAGUCGAAAACGCUUUUGAAACCAUUUCAGUUAAGAUUGCCGAUCUUGGAAACGCCUGCUGGGUCGGCCACCACUUUACCAAUGACAUUCAGACUAGACAAUAUAGGUCACCAGAAGUUAUCCUGGGUAGUAAAUGGGGUGCUAGUACCGAUGUCUGGAGUAUGGCCGCAAUGACAUUCGAACUCAUCACCGGCGACUACCUCUUUGACCCACAAUCUGGCACAAAAUACGGCAAAGACGAUGACCACAUCGCACAGAUCAUCGAACUCCUAGGCACCUUCCCGAAGGGUCUAUGCAUGUCGGGAAAAUGGUCUCAGGAAAUAUUCAACCGCAAGGGCGAACUUCGAAACAUUCACCGAUUACGACACUGGGCUCUUCCCGACGUCCUUCACGAGAAGUAUCAUUUCAGCGCCGAGGAGAGUAAGAAGAUUGCCGAUUUCUUGUUACCCAUGUUAGAGCUGUUGCCAGUGGACCGAGCAAAUGCGGGUGGAAUGGCAGGACAUGACUUUUUGAAGGAUACGAAGGGUAUGGAGGGUAUGGAUCUGAAUAUCCCUGUCGGUAGUAAAGGGGAGGGGAUUGAAGGGUGGGCUACGGAGAUAAAGAAGACGCGGUAG